CGUCUAUUUCCCACACCUAAACUCUCUGCCGCAGAUUCCUCUUUAUAUCGAGCCAGAUUCUUAGCUUCUAACAGCUUGCUAUUAUUGCGUGUUGUUGCUCUAAAGCAGUGUGAUGGACCAACUUCUCCAAAACACAUAUCAGUUUUUAUAACUGCAUUGGCGAAUCAAGAGAAGUACAAUAUUUUCACAUGCUCACAUCGUAUAAGACUAGAUUGGUAUCUCAGAUCAUGUUUCAUCAUCGACACCCCCGUCGACUUCUUUCCCAGUACAAAUACCACAGCACAACGGCCAGUCAAUUGUUCUCUACACUGCCGUCCUGAAGCCCUGAAAACCCACCCCUCAGAACCAAAGGCUACCUAGGAUAACACGCAGCACUCAAACCACCCCAUCCGAAGAUGCCCUUCGCCAAACCCCAACCGCAAACCCUCUACUUCGCCUACGGCUCCAACCUCAGCCUCCUCCAAAUGUCCACCCGCUGCCCCCAAGCAACCUACGCCGGAAUCGCACGCCUCGAAAACUACAAAUGGAUAAUCAACACGCGAGGAUACGCGAACAUCGUUGCC